AUGGUUGGAAAAAUUAAGAACGUCCGUCAGAAAUUGCAUCAGAAUGCAGUGAAACUGACGUGGCUGCCAACCUGUGAUUCGUCAAAAGGGUCGGAAGAUCCUAUCUCCUUCCAAACCCAACAACCAAGCCGUUCUCAUGUGCAAAAUGGCUCUCUUAUACCUACUGCAAAUAUACACGCCCAGAACCAAAUGUCUUCCUCCCCCAGCAUAUUUUCAGGUACGGAAAUUGCUCCAGAGGCCCUGCGGCAAACUUUAACAUUUAAAGACCUUCCGGCACCCCCCGUAUCUGCCAAGACAGGUCCCGUUGAAGAAAAGAAUAUCAAGUCAAAGAAAGAAAAAAUGAAAGAAAGGCGAGAACGAUGGCUAAGCAAAAUAAGCACCAUCAAGUUGACAAAGGAGCGUCUAGCGGCGCAGGCCCGGCGGAAAGCCACUCCAAUUGUGGGAGACAUGAGUGUUCUUGCAGAAGCCCUGCCUGAGCUGUCAGAGCUCAUCUCACCGGCGACUACAACCCACAAUGGCCCUACAACUCGACGUAAAAACAAAUUGCCUGUUAAGAAGUGCGCAGGAACCGAUUUCAGUCAGAUGAGACCGCUACAGAAACGCAAGCUCUUGGAAUCAGAAAUCAGUAGGUUUGGCGAGGCGGUGAAAAUUCUCAGUGGCAAAAGGAAUCCUCUGAAUGACAUCUCUGAGCAUUUGAGGAAGAGACUAAAGCAUUUGGAAGAGGAAUCCAGUUAA